AUGGAUGAUGAUCUGAACUUGAGCAUGAAACUUCUGAUAGACCCCAAAGGCCGCAGGGUCCUAUUUGCCGAAGCAGGUAAAGAUGUUGUUGAUUUUCUAUUCAGCAUUCUGUCGUUGCCUCUUGGUGCUAUCGGAACCCUUCAAAAUCCGAAAGCAUUGGGGCAUAGCAUUGGGAAUCUGUACCAGAGCAUUGAAGAUUUGAGGGAUCUGCAUAUGAUUCCCAACAAAAACAUCGAUUCUCUUGUGGAAAGAGUAAGAUUCACAUACCCUACUAGUACUAAUUCGCCUCCGGUUUUACUGUUUACUGAUAAAUCACCACCAACCAAGAAAUCCUACUAUAAGUGCGCUGCGAACUCCGGUUACAGGAGCUGUGGUACAUAUGUGACUCUUGACCCUAAAUACCGUUGUCCGUGUUGCUCGAUGACGAUGUCCUCUCCCCUGACCCUUGUUGGUUCUUCUUCUUCUUGUUCUAUUGAGGGUGGUUUUGUGAAGGGGGGUGUGACUUACGUGAUAACGGAUGAUCUGUUGGUGAAGCCUAUGUCUACUGUUUCUAGCAUUACUUUGAUUAGCAGCUUGAAUCUCAAAGAUGUCGGCUCUCUUGAAGAGAAGACGGUCAGUCUCACCAGUGACAAGGUUGGGAAGUUGCUGAGGGCCUCAUUGCAGACUAAGAAUGCGCUAUCAACUGUUUUCUUUGAAGAAAAGAUUGUGGUUAAAGAGGAGAAUCAUUAGAGUAAGUUGAGUGAUGCCAUUACAAUUUGUAAACUUUGAAUAGGAAAUGCAAGGUUGGGACUUUUGUUAAUCUUUCUUGGCUGCAGUGAUGCCAUUAUAAUUGGUAAAACUUUGAAUAGGAAAUGCAAGGUUGGGAAUUUUGUUAAUCUUUCUUGGCUGCAUUGAUCUGUAUGUUUUUGUUGGAAACUGCUGCUUUGGAAUAUCUAGCAAUGUUCAGUUGUUUUUGGGUGGUUAACUUAGAGGGAUUUGAAUCCUUGCUCAUAUGCAUUAUUUUGGGAUGAAUUUGAAUAGAACAUCUAGCUACUCUUGAGUUUCUGUCUGCAUCCUUAAACAAGGUGAAAAUUUUUAAUUAAAUGAUCUAUAUUCCUGUAUAAUGUGUGGUGAGAUUGUUUUUAAGCAUUGAACAAUGUGAUCCUGCUGGCUUUGGUGUCUCAGAAAUUUCAAGCUUGAGUUAUAAGAUGCCAUGGCUACUGCUUGUCAAAUGCUUGUUGAUUGAAGGAAAUCUGCAAUCACUCCAC